UAUCCGGCCUGCCUUACUUUUUAUGUGCGACAUCUGCAAAAAUGAACCGUGAUGAUAUAGAGAUGGUAGAGUACUCUGUGCAGGGAAUGACAUGUUCUUCAUGUACCAAGUCUAUUCACUCUGCACUCAUGGAGACAACCGGCGUGCGUGACGUCACGGUGUCGCUAGAAAACCAGAACUGUCUUGUCGUGUUCGAGAAUCGUCUUACAACCACUGCGAAAGUUCAGGAGUGUAUUGAAGAUUGUGGGUUUGAUGUGUCCUUGGUAUCGCAAAGCAGUGGAAAGACUGAUAACAGCAACUUUGUAAUGGAGGUGACGUUUGAUGUAGAGGGCAUGGUAUGCAUGUCUUGUGUGAAGAGCAUUGAAGCGGCACUGAGUGAGAAGGCAGGUAUAGUGAACAACAAAGUUUUCCUGGAAAGAAGUCAAGCAUGGAUCAGAUUUAAUAACAAGAAAGUUUCAAUUGAGGAAAUCAGACUCACUAUUGAAGAUUGUGGAUUUGACGUUGUUGUGUCAGGCAAAAUGUGGGAAGAUGCCAGCAGUAGAUGUGAUUCUGCUAUUGAAAGUUUAAGCUCUAUAGCAACUCAAAGUAAUGGCAAACAAGAUUCCAACCAAUCAAAACGAGUACGGUUUGCAGAUGUCAGUUUGGCUGAAAGCGAUGAGGACUUAGAUCAACCUUCAAGAAAGAAAUGCAGCUUGCGUGUGACUGGGAUGACAUGUUCAUCAUGUGUUAACCAUAUAGAAAAACAGAUGUCUAGGAAACGUGGUGUUGUAUCAAUUUCUGUCAGUCUUAUGGCAGAAAAGGCUGAAGUUGAAUAUGAUCCGUGUGCUACUUCACCCACUCAGUUGUGUCAUCACAUUACAGACAUAGGAUUUCAAGCAAGUGUAGUAUCAGGAGAAAUUCAAAAGCAGGGAAUGCUGAAAGUUACAAUUUCAGGCAUGACCUGUUCAUCUUGUGUCAAUCUUAUUGAGCGAACAUUGAAGAAAGAAGCAGGAGUAAAAAGUGCAUCUGUCACUCUGGCUACCAGCACAGGGCAUAUUCAAUAUGACCCUAACAUUAUUAGAAGAAAUGACAUCAUAACUGCUAUCAAUGGACUUGGCUUUAAAGCAGUCUUGCCUACUUUUAAAAGCAGAUCUGCAGCUGAAAGGCUCAAUCACAGUGUGGAGAGAAAUAGGUGGCGGCGAACAUUCGUACUUUCUACUCUGUUUGCCAUUCCAACAAUUAUUAUUGCUAUUCUAUUGAAGAACCACUGUAAACAAAUCACAAUACUUUUUUAUGGUCUCUCUCUGCACAACUUCCUUCUUUUUAUUCUCAGCAGUGUCAUUCAGGUAUUUGGUGGCUAUCAGUUUUAUGUAUCAGCUUACAAGUCAUUGAAACAUGGAGCUGCAAACAUGGAUGUUCUCAUUGCAAUGGCCACAUCAGCGGCUUAUCUUUACUCGGUUGGUGUUGUUUUGUAUGCUAUGAUUGUUAAGAAAUCUCUAAGUCCUAUCACGUUCUUUGAGACGUCACCUAUGCUUUUAGCUUUUGUAUCUCUUGGCCGAUGGUUAGAGCACAUUGCCAAGGCAAAGACGACAGCUGCAUUGUCUAAACUCAUGCAACUACAAGCUACAGAUGCGACUUUGAUUUAUGUUGGUGAAUCACAUCAGAUUAUCAGUGAAAAGACGAUUGAAAUUGAUUUUAUUCAACCUGGUGAUGUUGUCAAAGUUGUACCAGGUGCUAGAAUUCCUGUAGAUGGGAUGGUCACAUGUGGUUCAGCAGCAGUUGAUGAAUCAAUGAUUACUGGAGAAGCCUUACAUGUCACUAGGACAGUUGGAGAUUGUGUUAUUGGUGGCACUUUGAAUGUGAAUGGUAUACUUCAGGUCAGGGCAGAUAAAGUUGGAGGUGAUACAGUGUUGUCUCAAAUUGUUCAACUGGUGGAAGAUGCACAGACGUCGAAGGCACCAAUCCAGAGACUAGCAGAUCGAAUAGCAUCUGUUUUUGUUCCUGGAAUUAUCAUUCUAUCUCUGGUUACAUUUUCUAUUUGGUGUGGAGUUGCCAGUAGCUACCCUCAAAUUGCAAGAAAGAUGGCUGUGAACUGCACUAUAGGCCAGAUCUCACCUGAUUCAUCUUUUGUUUCCAAUUUUCUUGAAGUUGCAUUCCUUGCUGCCAUCUCAGUUUUGUGUAUUUCUUGUCCAUGUGCGCUAGGUCUUGCAACACCUACAGCUGUUAUGGUUGGCACGGGCGUUGGUGCACAGCACGGCAUUUUGAUCAAGGGAGGGGAACCACUUGAAAUUAUGAGUAAAAUUAAGACAGUUGUGUUUGACAAGACUGGCACAUUAACUAGUGGAAAACCCAAAGUAACUAGUUGCCGAAUGUUUGUGGAGGAGAGUUUAUGUUCAACUAAACUGGCGCUGGCAGCUGCUGGGACAGCAGAACAGGGCAGUGGUCACCCUCUUGGAGAAGCUGUAGUGAACUAUGUUAAAGAGACUCUGGGUUGUGACCAAAUGGGGCAGAUUAAUGAUCUUGAAGCUAUUGUUGGAAUGGGAGUGAAAAGUACCAUUUCUGGGUUGGACGCAAUGAUAUCUUGGAAGCCUACAAUGCACAGGAACUCAAGCAUACUGCCAGGAAUGCAGCCAAUAGAACCUGAAGGCUGUCAUUUUGUCUUGGUCGGAUCUAGGCGUUUAAUGACAGAGAAUCAAGUAGCAGUACUAGAAGAAGUAGAUUCUAUCACAAGAGAGUUUGAAGACAGGGCAGAGACAGUUGUCUUUAUUGCAAUAGAUGGUAAGCUAAUUGGGUUGUUAUCUGUUGCUGAUGCGCUGAAAACUGAUGCCAGUGAUGUGGUGGAUGGUUUGAAUAAUAUGGGAAUACAUGUUGUCAUGCUCACGGGAGACAAUGAAGGAACUGCAAAGGCUAUUGCAGAGAAGGCUGGCAUACAUGAUUAUGUUUCUAAUGUGCCACCAGCGAAGAAAGUAGCCAAGGUAAAGGAGUUACAGGCAUCUGGUCAAGUGGUGGCCAUGGUAGGGGAUGGAAUAAAUGAUUCACCUGCUCUUGCACAAGCUGACGUUGGAGUGGCUAUUGGAACAGGGACUGACAUUGCUAUCGAAUCUGCAGAUGUUGUUUUACUAAAGGAUGACUUGGUGGAUGUACUGGUAGCUAUUCAUUUGUCUCACAAAACUGUUCAACGCAUUCGUUUCAAUUUUUUGUGGUCACUUAUAUAUAAUUUGAUUGCCAUUCCAAUUGCUGCGGGGGCACUGAUUCCUGUUGGUGUUCACCUUCAACCAUGGAUGGCUUCAGCUGCAAUGGCUAUGUCAUCUGUGUCUGUUGUUUUAUCUUCAUUGUGGCUAAAACGUUACAAGAAACCAAAUCUUUCAGAAGUGAGCAUGGCAUAUGGUAUGCAAGGUCGACUGAUAAGACUUAGAGCACCCAAAGGGUACUCACCACUUACUCUUGCUGAGGAAAUUGCCUGAUUUAGUGUGCAAUAGAAUGUAUUGUUGAGGUUGAUUAUGUAUGAUGUGUCAAGUAACAAUUUCUAUUGAUAGUUUAAGCUCUUGCUUUGUUUUAGCUUAUUUCUGAUAGUGAAUUGUUGUCAAUUCUGAUUUUACAUAUCUUGAUAACAUGUGCUGAGCGUGUUGGUCAUCGUA